GCACCAUUUCACCAUUUCGGCCCCGUCCGGUCUAUCCCACAUACCGAAUCGGCUCCGGAGGGCGAUAAAAUGUCUAUAUGAUCCCAAGCUUGGCCCCCCCUUUACUACAUCAGCGAAAACAACAAAGAAAAAGAAGGGACAAAAUAUUUUUAUACCAAGUAAAAAUAUUUAUAUGUAAAUAUAUCUAAUCAGAUCAUGUCAGAUACCUCCAAACUUCAAAUUGCCAUCAUCGGUGCUGGCAUCGCCGGUCUCGGUGCAGCCAUCGCACUGAAGGAUCACCCCGCCAUUGAUGUACAGGUGUAUGAAAAAGCUGCAGAGCUUAGAGAAAUAGGUGCUUCUAUUGCACUUGGGCCUAAUGGAAUGAGAACUUUGGAGAGGCUUGGUGUCACCGAAGCCCUCGAUGAUGAAAUCGCUUUCCGUAACAAGUCGAAACACCCCAUGAUCUAUCGGCACUGGAAGACUAAUGAGAUUGUAUCAACCGACUCUCACGCUGGCCAAGUUGAGUACCGUCACUUGACCUCACGUUUUUACCGGGCACAUCUCCAGGAAGCGCUUGCCAAGCACGUCGAUCCAGCCAAUAUUCACUUGUCUAAACCUUUCGAGUCCGUUGCCUUUGAUGCGACUAUCCAGAAACUUCUGAUCAAGUUCACAGACGGCAACACAGCUACGGCCGACAUCAUUCUUGGCGCAGAUGGGAUCCACUCGCCGGUCCGAACCUCCUUCGUCCCUACGUCGAGCACGGCCUGGACCGGCUGGGUGGCUUUCCGGUCUGUGUUUCCCAUAUCCUACGUACAAGGCAUCCAGGGUCUGCCGGACGAGGCCGACCACUUCUGGGGGCCAGACCGGACAUUCUUCGUGUCGAAGCUCGGGAGAGGUCUCUUCACCGUAGUGGGAUCGUACCAAGCCGACCCCAAUGCUCCCGACGCGCCGUACCAGAACGCCACGUGGAACUCCGCCGGCGACGUCAACGUCCUCCGCGAGUUCUACAAGGACUGGUCGCCGCUCGUGCGCCAGAUCGUCGACGCCGUCCCCGACACCAGGAUCUACCCGAACGCGGCGGCCCACCCGCUCGAAACCUGGGUCCUGGGCAACGGACGCGUCGCGCUCGCCGGCGACGCCGCGCACGCGCACGGCGGAGCGUUCGCGGCGGGCGGCAGCCUUGCUCUUGACGACGCAUGGGCGUUCGCGUCGUCGAUCCUGCAGGUGUUCCCCACGGACGCGACCAGGAAACCGGACGAUAAAGAGAUCCUAAGGGCGCUGCGCAUCUAUGAGAAGACAAGGAAGCCGCACACGGACCGCGUGAUGAGCGUUGUGCGGGAGAAUAAUCUGAAGAAGGUCGCGCGGUAUGCGCAGGGGAGCAGCAAGGAGCCGGAGACGGACGAGCAGCUCAGGAGCAGGAUAAAAAACCGCGCGGACCCGGCUUGGAUCCAUGAGCAUGAUGUGCAAGCGGCUUUUGCUGAGGCCGUUGCUGCGUAUACUACUGUUUAACAUGGUUGUGGGUUAGGGUGGGCCAUGAACUAUGUGGCUAGGUUAGGUAGUUGAGAUAAUUCCUUUGUUUCGAGGGUAACAUUUAACCGCAGCCAGCUUUCUUUGUCCUGACUUAUGAUAGGUACCUAGUACCUAACAAUCUCAUGAUCCUUUUCGCAUGAGGAAUUCGCAUCCGGCGUAGGUGGCAUCACUUGGAAGUGUAAAUAUCAAGGGUGCCCCCUGUGCGCUCUCAUACCUACCUGCUCAUCGCACCGAGAAUCGGCUCAUUAGGGAUUUUUGAGUUCGAAAAUCUUAAGUUGACUGACA